UUUCCGGUUCUCGUCCUGUGGGCGCUACAGCAACCAACAUGGCGUUUGGCAGGCAGCUCUAUAAUUUGGUCUUCAGGAAAAGCUCGACAUUUGCGCUUUCCAUCUUGGUGGGAGCCGUUGUGUUUGAGCGCAUGUUCGACCAGGGCGGAGACGCGGUUUUUGAACACUUGAACAAAGGGAAACUUUGGAAGCACAUUAAACACAACUAUGAGAGUCAUGAUAAAGAGUAACGCGGCAGUUUGCUGGUGAGAUGAUUCCAUUCCCUGCAGUUUUUGUUGGGGCUGCACUGAGGCACCAGCAGUCGAAGACAUCAAUGUUUCACUGGAUCACGAAGACCCCAGAAAUGUUUUGAUACUGGUGCUGAGUUUGAUUUUCUGGAUCUCCUGAAUCUUCUCCAGCCAUUCUGAACACCGCUGAUCAAAGUACUGGCCUUCAGUCUGUUUCAUCUGUUAUAUUCAAUCUGUCAGUUUUAUUGUAAAUCUUGAGUAGUUGCUGUUAUUAAAUUCAUUUAAACCA